UCUCUUGCAACCAUCCCCUAGUUUCAUCCUCUAAAAACCAACUCCCUCAGUUUGCAAGGAAAAAACCAAAAAAAAAACCCCAAAUCUAAGCACUUGUUGCAACUUCUUGGUUCCUUUUGGAGACAAAUCAAAACAACUUUCCAACCAUCAACCUAACCAGUUAUUUGCAUUUCUCUAUAAAUUCUCUAAUCCCGAGCCAUCUUUACAAACACCUCACUCUCUCUUUCCUCCACUUGAAGUGUGUAAAUUAGAAUCAUUGGCUUCAUCAUGGGUACUAAACUAGUAUAUUGGGCCAUCAUUGUAUUAUGGCUUACUUCAUUUGAAGAAAAUAUGUUGCUUGUUAAGGGUGGUGGUUUUAAUUACAAGGAGGCUCUCACCAAGUCCCUUAUCUUCCUAGAGGCACAACGUUCAGGGAAACUCCCUAAAAAUAAUAGGGUGCCUUGGAGAGGAGACUCAGCACUCGAUGAUGGAAAGCACGUUAAUGUGGACCUUGUUGGGGGAUACUAUGAUGCAGGGGACAAUGUGAAAUAUGGUCUCCCCAUGGCUUUCACCGUUACUACUCUAUCAUGGGCUGCAAUUUUUUACAAGUCAGAAUUCCAAGCUGCAAACGAGUUGAAUAAUAUUGAGGAUGCCAUUCGUUGGGGCACCGAUUAUUUUCUUAAAGCUAGUUCUCGACACAAGAGAUUAUAUGUGGAGGUAGGGGACCCGGAAGAUGAUCAUCAUUGUUGGGCUCCACCGGAACAUAUGAAGACAAAGAGAACGGUUAAGAGGAUUGAUAGUAAUACUCCCGGGACUGAGAUUGCAGCUGAAACUGCUGCCGCAAUGGCUGCUUCUUCCAUUGUUUUCAGGGCCAAAGAUCGUAAAUAUGCUCGUCUCCUUCUCAACAAAGCUAAAUUGCUUUUCCAUAUGGCUAAAGAACAUAAAGGAACCUACGAUGGAGAGUGCCCCUUCUACUGCUCUUAUUCCGGCUAUCAUGAUGAACUGAUGUGGGCAUCCACGUGGCUAUACAUGGCUACCAGGAAGCCUAUGUACUUGAAGUACAUAAAAGAAGACACCAUAAGUGCUAGUGUAGCAGAAUUUAGUUGGGACCUUAAAUAUGCUGGAGCUCAAAUCCUUCUCACCCAAUUAUAUUUCGAAGGUGAAAAGAAUAUGGAAACAUUCAAAAGCCACGGCGAUAGUUUCGUAUGCUCUGUCCUUCCCGAAAGUCCCUACCACCAGAUUAACUUGUCUCCUGGUGGGUUUAUUCAUUUGAGAGAUGGGGCGAACACGCAAUAUGCCACGAGCACGUCUUUCUUGUUAACUGUGUAUAGUGAUUUGCUUGCGAAACAUAAGGAGAAAGUGAGUUGUGGAGACAAAAAGUUUGGGUCGUCGCAUCUCCUUAAUUUCGCUAAGAAACAGAUGGAUUACAUACUAGGGAAAAACCCUGAAAAGAGAUCGUACAUGGUGGGAUUUGGGAAGAACCCACCAACGCAGGCUCACCACAGAGGUGCUUCGGUGCCAACGUUGAAAAAGGGAGAAGAGGUGAAUUGUGCGUUGAGCUUCGCGCAAUGGUUACAUAAAGAUCAACCAAACCCUCAUGAGCUAACUGGAGCCAUUGUGGGUGGGCCUGAUCGCUCCGACAAGUUCAACGACAAACGUUGGGACUCACCCAAGACUGAACCAUGCACCUACGUCAAUUCCCUCGCUGCUGGAGUUCUAGCCAAACUCGCAUCCUUGCCUUGAUCUUAUGUUUCAAAAUUACUUUCUAUAUUGUAAUUAGAUGCUUUCUGCAUUCACCACAUCAAAAUAAUUAGGUUGUACAUUGCAAUCAGUAAAUAGAAACAUACAUGGAUUUCACAGCGUUUUA